CUCCAGUGGACUGCCUUCCCGCCCGCUCGGCAGUAGGAGGGCGUGGCGAUGGUGGCGUCACAUCCGGGAGGGUGAGUGAGUUCCGGUAUUUCAGGGCGGAGCAGGCGGAAGUAGGGGCGAGAAGCGGCUGCAACGCCGAGCGGAGGAGGCAGGAACCUGAGACCGAGCAGCAGCUGGGUGGGGACCAUGGCCGGGAUGAACACCAUCGAAGCGGUGAAGCGCAAGAUUCAGGUUCUGCAGCAGCAGGCAGAUGAUGCAGAGGAGAGGGCCGAGCGCCUCCAGCGGGAAGUGGAGGGAGAAAGGCGGGCCCGGGAACAGGCUGAGGCUGAGGUGGCCUCCUUGAACCGCAGGAUCCAGCUGGUUGAAGAGGAGCUGGACCGAGCUCAGGAACGUUUGGCUACUGCCCUGCAAAAGCUAGAAGAAGCAGAAAAGGCUGCUGAUGAGAGUGAGAGAGGUAUGAAAGUUAUUGAAAACCGAGCACUAAAAGAUGAAGAAAAAAUGGAACUUCAGGAAAUCCAACUCAAAGAAGCUAAACACAUUGCAGAAGAGGCAGAUAGGAAGUAUGAAGAGGUGGCUCGUAAGUUGGUGAUUAUUGAAGGAGACUUGGAGCGCACAGAGGAACGAGCUGAGCUGGCUGAGUCCCGUUGCCGAGAGAUGGAUGAGCAGAUCAGACUGAUGGACCAGAACCUGAAGUGUCUGAGUGCUGCUGAAGAAAAGUACUCUCAAAAAGAAGACAAAUAUGAGGAAGAAAUAAAGAUUCUUACUGAUAAACUCAAGGAGGCAGAGACCCGUGCUGAGUUUGCUGAGAGAUCAGUAGCCAAACUGGAAAAGACAAUUGAUGAUUUGGAAGAUGAGCUCUAUGCCCAGAAACUGAAGUACAAGGCCAUUAGCGAGGAGCUGGACCACGCCCUCAAUGACAUGACCUCUAUAUAAACUGAAAUGCACCAAAGAGGAGCACCUCUGUACACAAAGGAUGCUGGACCAGACUCUGCUCGACCUGAAUGAGAUGUAGAGCUCCCGGGUCCCACCGGCCACUGCUCCUCCCUCUGACCCUGACUCCUCCUGAGGCCAGCCUACUGGAAGCUGACCUUGAAACUGAGGGCUGAUCUUUAACUGGAAAGGCUGCUUUCUCCUUUUGCCACCCUUUUCUACCCUUUAUCCUUCAUGUCUUUUUCACCUAACUGUCUCAGCUUUUUACCAGAGAUUCUAGCUGGGCUAGAGGCUGAGCACUUUUGGGAACAACAUUUAAGGGAAUGUGAGCACAAUGCGAAAUGUCUUUUAAAAGCAUGUUGUGAUGUACACAUUUUGUAAUUAAUUUUUGUUGUUGUCUUAGCAGCCGUUUGUAAAACAUUCCAAAUAAUUCCAUAGCUCUGAAGCAGCAAUCAAUUCCUUUCUCCCUUUUGGAAGAUUAACUUUUCAGCCUAAUGCAUACUGCCCUCCAGAGGAAGAAAACAGGUAUGGGCCUGCCUCACUGAGGGCCAAAUAGUGCCCAGGGAAAGACUCACCACGGAAAACCUCAUUGCUCUGUACAAAGUACCAGCCAAACCAGAUAGGUGAUUCUAAAAACAAAUAUGCUAUUCAGGUUUUCAGCUUUAAGGUAUCUUUGGACAAGUUUACUUUUUUCAUCACAAGUGACCAAAUUAAGAUGCUGAGACCUCUGAGAACCUCUCUCCCCUCUUUCUUCCCUUCUUGCAAUGCUGGGGAUCAAACCUAGGGCCUCUUGCAUGUUAGGCAAGCGCUCUGCCAUUGAGCCACACAUCCCCAGUCCUGAGACCAAAUUUUUGUCUCAUCUCUAAAUCUUCCUGUUUGCAGAAUGAAUCAUGUGUCCCUUAAGUGUUGAGAUGACCACUUAAUUGCGCUCUCGCAUCCUUGAACUAAAUAAAGGAAAUCAUAUUUUUCCACUGAUUUAGCCAUAUGAAACUCAUCUCAUCACCCUUUUCUGGGUCUGAAGCUGCUCUUUAAAAGUGCCAUCUCAUGUGCUUUGUAUCAGUGCUGGACAAACCUUGAAUAGCUUACGUAUACCACUUUAAAUCUUUUAUAUUAUUUUGAAACUUUGCUUAGGGUUGGGGAGCCCUGGCCACCCUAUCUGGCUGUGAGUGUUCUCUACAGUCUGAGGGCUGGCAGCGUGCUGAUCUUUAGGAACUGCUUUUCCCAUCCAAGUCCCACUUUCAGGUGAGGUUUCUGUGAGAUCUGUUAGGUGUACAUCCUGUAGCUUAUUGGCUUAAAAUGUACUCUUCUUUCCUUGUGGUCUUUUUGGGGCCAGUUGGGAGAAAGAGAAAACAAUAAUGCAACUGUUUUGAUACUGAAUAUUGACAAGUGUCUUUUUGAAAUAAAGUACCAGUCCCUCCAA